AUGCGAUGCCGUAUGCUGAUUGUUGAGUUCAGUGAGGGUAACGAUGGUCCUUGGAGCAGCUUCUACCUCCAAGUUGGGACUCCGGAACAGUCCGUCCGCGUGCUUGUCUCGACAGCUUCCCCAGAGUCAAUGGUUGUUUUGUCGGACUAUGGUUGUGCGGACUCCGUGUUCCCCAAUGCACCAUCUGACUGCGCAGUCUCCAGGGGUACCUUGUUUAGUAUGAACCAAUCUUCUACCUGGGACGAAUUGGGUCUUUUCGGUAUCAACCAGAAUGGGGUAGGUCUCGAGGCCAAUCUUGGGUAUUAUCAAAGAGGGGAGUUUGCCCUAGAUACGAUAGGUAUCGGCCUCACUGGACCGACUCUGAAGAAUCAGACUUUGGCCGGGAUUGCAACCCCCGAGCCUUUUUAUCUAGGAACAUUUGGCUUGAACUCUCAACCCGUGAACUUUACAUCCCUGGGAAAUUUCUCUUCAUCAUCAUUCAUCACGACUCUUAAAGAUGAAGGCACUAUCCCAAGUCUCAGCUGGAGCUACACGGCUGGUGCCAAGUAUCGUUCGCGCCGAGUAGGCUUGAAACAGGUCUACGGUCAACUCGUAUUCUCCGGUUAUGAUGCAUCUCGGUUCACUGCGAACUCGGUGUCGUUCACCAUGGCCGAUGACGUCACCCGCGACCUGGUUGUCUAUCUUCAGUCCAUCAGCUAUAGCGGAUCAAGUUCCGCCACGUUACUGUCUGAGCCAAUUUUAAUCUUCAUUGACUCAACUGACCCUAAUCUCUGGCUCCCAGAGAGUGUUUGCGAAGCGUUCGAAAAGGCCUUUGGUCUCACCCUCGACAGCGAGAGCGAUCUGUAUCUUGUGAAUGACACUCACAACACUGAAUUGCUCAACUCAGACGCGCAGGUGACAUUUCGACUGUCCGAUGUGGACCACGGUGGAGAUGCUGUGACCAUCACUCUUCCAUAUGAUGCUUUUGCCCUGACUGCAAAGGCUCCGUUGGUCGAUAAUAGCAGCUACUAUUUCCCGCUGAAACGCGCAGCCAACUCUACCCAAUAUACGUUGGGCCGAGCUUUCUUGCAAGAGGCGUAUCUCUCGGCCGAUUACGAACGAGGUGUCUUCAAUGUGUCGGCAUGCGCUUGGGAGGAGAAUGCUGAGGAAGACAUCAUCACAAUCACAUCUAAAGAUUCGGACUCCUCCACUUGCUCUGGAAACACAUGCACAUCCAGUGCUAGUAGCUCUAAGAGCUCGGAUAACUCUUCGUCACUCAGCAGCGGCGCUGUAGCUGGCAUCGCGAUUGCGGCGCUGGUCGGAGUAGCCAUUCUCGCGGCAGUCCUCUUCUUUUUCAUUCGCCGUCAACACCAAAAGACAACAAACAGAGCGACGUCGCCGAAGCCCGGUAUAUCUGAAUACUUCGGUCCGAUACACAAUGACCCUUCUCUCGGCCCAUCACUGCCAUCUGACCCAUCUGACCCAUCUGCCGCACAAGCAACAUUUUGGUCACCAGACGUGAUAUUUGGUGGUGUAAGUGACAGUAACAAUGGCACGAGUAGCAGCAGUGGUGGAAACCAUGAGCAAAGCGUUGAAGAUAAUCAUAUGGAACUAGACGGCCACGGUACACAAAUUCAGCCAGUCUAUCAUGAGCUGGCCGGUAGUGAAGUCGAGAAAACAAGGCCAGGGCCACCGCAGCAAGCGUCACCUACGCCUUACGCAUAA